GCUGAGGUGGAAUUAAAAAAAAAAGAAAAAAAAAGAGAGAACAGAGGUUAUAUAGAAAAAGUAAGAUACGGAUUCACUCGUGUACUUGUGAUUUUUCGAAAACACAAAAAAAAAAUGUCGGAACUGAGAUGGAAGUGUCGUCGGAGUCUGAGAUCAGUGAUCGUUCUCUUCACCAUUUUCGCUUUAGCUUUUGCUUUCGUUUCCGCUGAGAGGGGCUUGAAAGGAAAUAUUGAUUCCAAGACGCGGGAAAGUGACGAACCCAGUUUCUUCCUCAGAGCCGUGGAUUUUCUAUGGGAGCCUGAUCAGACAGGUUAUCAUCAUGUCUGGCCCGAAUUUGAGUUUAACUGGCAAAUUGUUGUGGGCACUCUCGUUGGAUUCUGUGGAGCUGCGUUUGGUAGCGUAGGAGGUGUCGGUGGAGGUGGCAUUUUCGUACCUAUGCUCAGUUUGAUUAUCGGGUUUGAUCCUAAAUCAGCAACAGCUUUGUCUAAAUGCAUGAUCGUGGGAGCUUCUGUGUCAACCGUGUAUUACAAUCUUAGAUUGAGGCAUCCUACGCUUGACAUGCCAAUCAUUGACUACGAUCUCGCCCUGUUGAUCCAGCCCAUGCUUAUGCUUGGGAUUAGUCUUGGUGUCGCUUUCAAUGUCAUGUUUCCAGAUUGGAUGGUCACUGUACUACUCAUUAUCCUCUUUCUAGGUACAUCAACAAAGGGGUUUUUGAAAGGUUGUGAGACUUGGAACAAGGAGACUAUUGAGAAAAUGGAAGCUGCUAAGCGUUUAGAGUCAAAUGGUGUAUCUGGUGGCACAGAAGUAGAAUAUACGCCUCUUCCUGCAGCUCCGAGCAACAAUCCUGGAAACAACAAGAAACAAGAAGUAAGUAUUAUUGAGAAUGUUUACUGGAAGGAACUUGGACUUCUCGUUUUCGUCUGGAUUGUUUUCCUAGCACUGCAGAUAGCCAAGAAAAAUAUGCCAACUUGUUCAGUAGGAUAUUGGGUCAUAAACUUGUUACAGAUUCCGGUUGCAGUUGGUGUAUCAGGCUACGAGGCAGUAGCUUUGUACCAGGGUAGAAGAAUCAUUGCAUCCAAUGGACAAGGAGACUCUAAUUUCACCAUUGGUCAGCUUAUUCUUUACUGUUCAUUUGGUAUAUUGGCUGGUGUUGUCGGUGGGUUACUUGGGUUAGGCGGAGGUUUCAUCAUGGGACCAUUGUUUCUUGAGCUCGGUGUCCCUCCACAGGUCUCAAGUGCCACCGCGACUGUUGCAAUGACUUUCUCUUCAUCCAUGUCAGUUGUGGAAUACUAUCUUCUCAAACGAUUCCCUGUUCCAUAUGCUCUGUAUCUUGUGGGAGUAGCAACAAUUGCAGCUUUGGUUGGACAACAUGUAGUCAGAAGACUGAUAACUGUCCUCGGCCGUGCAUCUCUCAUCAUCUUCAUCCUGGCCUCCACGAUUUUUAUCAGCGCCAUAUCACUUGGUGGCGUGGGGAUAGUGAACAUGAUGGGCAAGCUCCAACGGCACGAGUACAUGGGUUUUGAAAACCUCUGCAAGUACAGUGGUUAACGUUUAAGAAUUUGGAUCAUGUCAAAGAAGAUAUUUCCCGGAUGUUGACCUAUUUUAACUGAACUGAAACUCAGCAAGUAUAGCUUGUGAAAGUUCUCAUUCUUUAUGGCAAGAUUUAUUGUCUUUCGAUUUUGUGUCGCUUGUUCGCUAUUUGUUCUAAAUAUAUUUUUCUAAAAUAUUUAUGUUGUUUUGGACAACCAAAACGUAUUUUGUCCUGUUAUUGUUUAGUCGUAUUACCAUAUAAAGUUAUGGUACCCCAGCCGUGGGACAUCUC